GUUUUUGAAGUGAACCUUUAACCUUAAAUCAAAAUGAGUAUUAUGACGUUCAAUUAGAGGCAAAAUUUAAAACACGCGUAAAAUUACUGGUCGAAAUUAAUGCGCAUAAUAUACAAAAGUGUUUAUAUAAGGAAUAGUUGUAAAUCAAAGUAUUCUGAACAUUAGAUUUGACAUUCUACAAAACAAAAUACAAAUUGACAUGGCAACGUUACCACCUCGGAAAAAUUCAACUCCGAUGCGAAUAUCUAAACAACAUCCUACACCUUUACAGGUUCUUUUACAAAUGGGGUUUCCUCAGCAUAGAGCUGAAAAAGCACUUGCCGCAACAGGCAAUCGUGGUGUUCAACUAGCUUCCGACUGGCUCUUAGCACAUGUCAAUGAUCCCACACUUGAUGAAGAAAACUGCCGAGAAUAUGUUCUAUACGCUUGUCCUGUGGGCCCAUUUCUUGAUCAACUGCAACUUUUUUGGGAUAAAUCCAAAUCAGCUUGUGAUUGGAAUGGAGCACACAACUUUCUUCCUCAUAUCACUCUUGUUUCUUUUUUCAAGGCACCUGACUCGGCAGCCCCGCAUCUAGUGAGAGCGUUGAAGCAAGUGGUUGAGCAGGCGCAGGUGGAACUCAGCGACAAGCUCAAACUAGAAACGUACAUGUCGCAGAAUUUCAUGGGAUUUUUCGUCGCCGAAGACCAUGCCGACAUUUUGAAACGAAUUGCUAUGCAGUAUGUCAAAGAAGUUUCCAGUGCCAUAAUCAAUGAUAACUAUGAGCAUUUAGAUGCUCUGGCGUCCUGCUUCCCAUGGUGUACAUCUGCUACUGGCAGAUAUUCCAUUACGAGAGGUUUCAGAUCAAUUUUUCUGGAACCACACGUGAAAUCCCUGCAUUUGACUCUGGCCUACCAAUUUCCAACUCAGCAUUUUACGGCUUUGAAGUCACUUGUCGAAACUCUACUGGAUCCUGAUACUGCCACCAAAUGGGAGAUUAGGCUCUAUUCGAGGGACACCAGAGUUUGCAAUAAGCAUGUUCACAAAGUACUAUACUCGCAUGUUCCGAGAGAGCCAGAUGAAAUAGAAGUUAGGAUGGGUGAUUUCAUCUAUUUGAACGGAGAUGCCGUUGAAAGCUCACCCGAUGGUUGGGUCGAAGGCACCUCAUGGCUCACAGGAUGUAGCGGUUAUUUGCCUGUAAACUAUACUGAAAGAACAGCGGAAUCAGAUUCAUGGACGUUACACAGAUCAGUUAGUUUGGGAGUAAACAGCGACUCAGUGACAGGCACUGAAGACGAAGAGGAGAAUGGUCUAUGUCCGCUCUCUUUUCAACGACAAAUCAACGGAAGUGAUACCAACAUCUGCUCACAAACCACCACUGCAGCCAACGACAAUUCUGAAAACAAACGGAUCAGUUUGGCGAAAGAAGAAAGUCUGAGUCAGUCCCUGGCAGAGCCAAGCGGUCCCCGGCAGAUUUACAUAAUGAGGCAUGGUGAAAGGGUCGAUUUCACUUUUGGCAAAUGGAUUCCCUACUGCUUCGAUGAGCAUGGCACCUACAUGAGGAAAGACCUGAACAUGCCGGCCUCAGUGCCGCAGCGCUCAGGCGGACCGGAAGGCUUCUUCAAGGACUCGCCGCUGACCAAUGUGGGUGAACUGCAGGCUCGCCUGACUGGAGAGGCGAUGCGGCAGGCCGGGGUGCAAAUACACCGGGCACUAGUCUCGCCGUCACUCAGAUGUGUGCAGACCUGCCACAAUGUGCUCAAAGGUUGCGGACUGGCGGACUCAGUAGCGAUGCAAGUGGAACCGGGACUGUUCGAGUGGCUAGCCUGGUACCCGAGCAGUUUGCCAGACUGGUUGUCGUGUGCCGAGCUGCGACGCGCUGGCUACAAUGUGGACGCCACCUAUCGGCCCACCCUCACACUAGAUCAGCUCACCGCCCUGCAGCAGGAGAGUGUGAUGCAGUUCUAUACGCGCAGCCAUCGCAUGAUGGACGCUGUUAUCGCCAACACGCAGGCCGAUGGUGGCAACAUUCUGAUGGUAGGCCACGCGGCCACGCUGGACGUGUGCUCACGUCAGCUGACUGGGCAUGAGCCACGCUCCAGCCAGGACAUGACCUCACUCAUCAAGAAGAUCCCCUACUGCAGUAUGGCCAUGCUAGAGCAGUCAACCUCCGAGUGGCAACUCAAGCAGCUGCCUAUUCCGCCCAUCACACACUCCAACAACCAGCGCUUCGACUGGCAGGUCUUGCUCACCUGAUUCAUUCACAUAGAUAUUAUAGUGAGAUCCACGUUAUAAUGGCAGUAUUUGAUUAACAUUGGUGUUGCUAUUCUUGUCUAUUAUUUCACAAAGCAGAUAGUGCUAUCCUUUUCUAGCUCUGCAACGUUGCCAGAUCGGUUCUUGACAUUAACAAGAUAUCCUUUCUCAAUCAUGAAGAUUUAUUAUUAAAUCAUAAAAACAUAUUUUCUUGGCAUUUAAAAUAUAAUUCAUCAUUUUAUACAAGAAUGAACAGAUAAUAUUACAUAAGAUAUACUGGUAUCAGCUAUCCUCUGUAGAAGGCAUUGGCAAUGCAGAUAAUCGGAAACACUGUUCUCCUAUCUUUCUCCACUGUCAUUAUAACGUAGACCUCUCUAUAAGAUUAGUGUAGUGCGAUUCAUGCCAAGUAGUUAGCAUUGGUUGAAUGAUGCUUCAGUUGAGGGGAACUCUAUCAAUUCUAAUCAAUCGGCCAGAAAAUUAAUUCCAUUGGUUGUUAACAGUGUUCACACAAGGAGCGUGAAAAAUAGCUACAUUUGCGCUUGAAAAGAUGCCCAUGUUGCCGUACACUAAUGUUACUGGCUGUUUGUUAAUCUGCAAGCCACCUAACGAAUAUAGAAUCAUUAUCAAAUUAAAAUUAAAGCCAAUAUGCUAUGUACUACCCUGGAGACUCCUGCUACUGCAGAAAGCAUAAAUUGACUACAGGAAGGACAGGCAGAAAAUUCUAUAAGCGCUACUGUGAAACAUAUUUGACCGAGCAAAGCAAAUAAAUACUGGAUAAUAGCGCUCAUCGAAUUUUCUUCUAGCUGUUGUCAAAAUGUAUGCAUUCGCAGAAAUAAUCUUCAAGGUAGUUAAUAGCUUAUCAAUUUCGAUUUUCGUUUGAUAAUUGAUGCACGUACAUAAUGCUAGUGGAUGGUUCAAAUUCCAUUUGUCUGGGACUAAUUGCCGUUCAAACGUUUCAAGUCCGACAUGAUUAAAUAUUUUCAACGUGGCUUACGGCUAUCCAGCACAAAUUUAAUGAGACAACUAAUCUAAAAUCAACUAUGUAGCUUUAUUAUAAAAACAUUUUCCUGUUAUCUAGUGUUAGAAAGAAUCUAGUUUCAUAUUUUAGUAGAUAAGUUGGUUAUUUAUGGCACAUUUUUCUAAAAUGUUCAUAUAUACAUUUAUAUCCUGCUUUGAAUAAUUAGUUGUUUUUUUAGAAAACCAAAGGUUGUUUUUUUGGGACUCAAAUAAAGUUUUGUUAAGCUGCGUUUACACCAAUGUUAUUAACAAAAUGUAAAUAAUUUAAUCCUUAUAGAUUCUACUAGAUUGAACAUAACUUAUCAUACACAUGAUGAACAUAUGUGUUGUCAAGUUCCGUACAAUCUAAUAGAAUCUAAAAGGGUUAAGUUAUUAACAUUUUGUUUAUAACUUUGGUGUAAACGCAGCUUUAGUUAUGACUGUUUGUUGAAAUAAUUUGAGCAAUUUUCAAUAUGUUUGAAUUCCCUUAACAAUCAUGUUUGUCAAAAAUAGUUAAGUGUUGAUCCAGCUUUAGAGUUUCAUCCUAAUAUCAUAGUAAAUUAAUCAUUUUUUGUUAUAAUUUGAGUGUUACAAAUUCAAUAUUGUCUGCUAGUGAUUCAAAAUAAGAUGCUGAAAGUUUAAAAUUCAAGUGAUUUAAAAACGAAACUUUUAUGAACUCAUUAAAGAAAAUUUCAAAAGUAUAAAUGUUGCCAUUAUUUAGGAGAUCCAUUGUUUGGAGGAUAAAUAAAAUUAAUUUUAAAUCUUA